GAGUCGCCACCUUUAACCCGGAGCUGCUUCUCCGCGCGUGCAACCACUCCGGCGUGUUCUAGAAUCUCCGUCUCUGUGUCUCUAUAGCCGCGUGUCCCCGCGUCUCUCCGCGUGUCCCCGCCUCUCUCCGCGUCUCUCCGCGUUGUCCCUGCGUGUCCCCCGGGUGUCUUCGUCAUGGCGGGGGAGGUGGUGGUGGACGCGCUGCCCUACUUCGACCAGGGCUACGACGCGCCGGGCGUCCGCGAGGCGGCCGCUGCGCUCGUGGAGGAGGAGACACGGCGAUACCGCCCGACCAAGAACUACUUGAGCUGCCUCCCUCCUCCUGAGCUGAGCGCAUUCGAGACGGAGAUCAUGCGGAAUGAGUUUGAGCGUCUGGCUGCCCGACAACCCAUGGAGCUUCUGAGCAUGAAGAGGUACGAGCUGCCCCAGCCCCUGGCGGGCCAGCGGAAUGAUGUGUCGGCGUGGCAGGACAGCGUCGCCAACUCGUGCGCACAGCUGGAGCACCAGGCCGAGCGGAUCCUCAACCUCACGCUGCUCGGCUCGCACGGCACUAACGCGUGGCGCGCGCACACGCAGUUUCUGUCUCAAAUGGCUGAGCAAGCACAGAAGGAGCUGCAGAAACUGAGGAAGGACAUCCAGGACAUAAACUGGCAACGCAAGAGCGAGCAGCUGAGCACUGGGGUGGAGCUACGGAGAAUGGAGACACAGUGGGCGACCCUGGUGAGCAAGAAUUAUGAGAUUGAGCGCGCGGUGCUGCAGCUUGAGGCGGAGGUCGCCUCACUCAAACAAAAACAACCGCAACAACCAUUGCAACAAGCACCGCAACCACAAGGCGAGGAGGAAGAGGAGAAGAUGGCACCCUGACGCCUUCAUGACAACCAUGCUCAUACACCAUGGCAACCAAGCAACACCCACACACGACCCACUGUGUCUGUGAUAGCCAUGCAGCACCCCGUCACCGUGGCACGUGCACAACACCGAGACGUCACUGUGACCAGAGAAAGUGCACACACCCUGUUGUCACCAUGAUAAUCGCACAUCACCCCAAUGUCUCCAUGACAACCACACAACACCCACACCAUUGUCACUGUGGCAACCACACAACACCCCAAAAUUACCGCACAGCCACACAUCAACCAUCAUGGGGCGGUCCCCCCCCCCGCCACACGCUGUCACCGCACCAGAAUAAACACUGACACUCAUCGA